GAGCUCGGGACCAGGGGCGGGUUUUCAGCGGCGUGCGCGCGCAGAGCGUGUCUCCCGUGCGACCUCCGCCCGCGUCUGCGCCAUGGCUGCCGCGCCGGUGCUGCGGCUAGGACGAGCUGGAUCGCUGAAGACUAUGCUCCUAGAAGCACGGGUAUUUCGAGGAUUUGCUUCUACAGUUUCUCUCUGUGCAGAAUCGGGGAAGAAUGAAAAGGGACAUUCACUAAAUCCCAAGAAGCAAAGUUCACCAAAAAAUGUAGUGGAACCAAAGGAGAGGGUCACGCAACUAACCACCCAGGCAGCAGCUGCACUGCCUAAAAGCUUGUCUCCGCCCAGGUCUCCCCCACCAGCUGGCAGUAAAGGCGGGAGGCUAGGUAGCCCCCACCGCAGUGGCAGCAUGCUGCUCACAGACGAAGGGCACCCACAGCGUUUGUCCGGGAAGACUUUGGUAGAAUUUCCUCAAAAAGUCCUGCCUCCGUUCCAAGACCAGGGUUCUGACUCGAAGGUUCCUCAGGUCCCCAGGAACCGGGGGGAUGAUUCCUCCUCCUCCUCCUCCUCCUCCUCCUCCACAUCCAGCUCCUCUGAUUCAGAGUCUGACGAGGAGGGGGAUGUCUCAGAAGUUGGUCCCCAAGUGGUGAGCAAAGGCAAAGGAGGGUUUCCAAAGCCAGAGGCUACCCGCCCCUUUGAGAGGAAAGACCCCAAAGCCACAGCAUCUGCAAAAGAGGAUACCAGGGUGCCAAGGCCAUCCGUAGAUGUCACCUACCCAGGGCAGCCCCGUCCGCCGAAGAAGUCGGGGCCCUCCACCAAGUCAGUAGAGGAGAGAAAAGCCAAAGCAAAACCCACCACACCCAGCUCACAGGCCAAUGAAGAGAUUUUGAAGAAAAAUGUAAAGGAAGAAGAAUUGCAAAACAUAUUUAGAUCCAGUGAGAUAAAUGAAGAAAGCCUAAAGCCAUCUGAUGUUAAGGACAUCUUACCUGACCACACAAAGGCCGGGUCAUCCAUGCAGCAGAGUGGCGGCCCAAUGUUCACAACACAGACAGAAGAAGCCAGGGCAGGGGGUCAGCUGCCAGCUGCUGCCCCUGGGCCCCAAGGCAAACAUCUGGAACCACAGGUGCCUGAGCCUGGUUGGAAAGCCACUUUUCCCCUAGUCAGAGAAGAAGGGACACCUGUAAUGGAAGGACACGUGAAGACCAAAGGGGGCAUCUUGGAAGAUCAGGUACCAGUGAGAGAGGUGAAGAAGGCAGUCGGCCCUGAGGAGGAGACUGCAGAGCCACAGCCUGAGGAGAGGGGCGAGGCAGCAGAAGACACAGCGCCCUGCGCGGAAGCCCACGGCCACACGCAGGAGUCCGCCCAGGCCCCAGUGCCCCCCGAGCCGGCUGACGCCACCACCUACAAGAACCUGCAGCACCAUGACUACCACACGUACACGUUCUUAGACCUGAACCUGGACCUGUCCAAGUUCAGGAUGCCUCAGCCCUCUUCUGGACGCGAGUCCCCUCGGCACUGAGCACUCCUCUUGGAUUGACCCUGCAUUGUCUCGGUUGCGAAAAUAAAAUCACUGGAGUCGAG